AUGGCUACUGAAAUGAGGCAUGUACUUCAUCCUCAUGUGUCUGUUUUUGCUAGUUUUACACUAGUGCCAAGUUAUCAAGCACAAAUCAGACCUACUGUUGGACAAACUUCGUGUUUUAGAUCUGUUCUGCUAGGAGGUGAAGCUAGGGGACCAUGUUCUCCUCUCUCUGGACAACUCCGUUGUUCUUAUACGUCGGUUCUCACAAGUACUGUUGAGCCUAAUCCUUUGUUUGGAGCUUCACAAGCUGCCUCCAACUUGCAGCUGCAACUCCCUUACAUCGAGAAGGUGCCACCUCAACCAAUUAUUUUCCAAGUGCUGCCACAGCCGCCUCCAACUAUGGAUCAUGAGGGCUCAUUGCCAAAGAAAUCCUUGUGGCAUUUGAACUCUCUGCAAUCAGUACAUCGCAUAUACUAA